AUGAGUCAAGAUGAUACCUCAUCGUCAACGACGGAAACCGUGAAAGAACCUGAACUAGUUAAAACAGACAACUCGACAACAAAUUUAGAAAAUGGAGUCAACGAAGAAGAAAAAAUAUCAUAUAACGGAGCAAAAGUCCUUCGAGUUUUGGUACCCAAUAAAGAAGUUAAAAAAUUAAUUAAACAAAUGGAAAAUAAUGGAGAAAUAAACACUUGGAUGGGAAACGGAACGGCCAUUGAUAUUUUAGUAAGACAAAAUAACGUUUAUGAUGUGUUAAAAACGAAAAAAUUAUCCUACGACGUAGUCAUUGACGAUUUGCAAAAAGCCAUAGAAGAAGAAAAUCCAUCGAUAUCACAAGAUGAAUGGUCAGAACUCGAAGGACGAAAAGGUCAUAGAAUGACGUGGCAUAUGUACCAUAGAAUGUCUGACAUUCACGGAUACCUGGAUUAUUUGACGGCAACCUAUCCCGAUGUUUGUUCUCUAAUAACAAUCGGACAUUCGGUUGAAAGAAGACCGUUAAAAGUAUUGAAAAUAUCAUCGGGUAAUCCUAACAGCAAAGCAAUAUGGAUGGAUUCGGGUAUACACGCAAGGGAAUGGAUAUCGCCUGCAACUUCAACCUACGCCAUAAGUCAAAUGGUAGAAAAUGGAGAUGGAACUCACGGUGUCGACUGGUAUAUAUUACCUCUUGUCAACCCCGACGGUUAUGAACAUUCGCACAUCUUCGAUAGACUUUGGAGAAAAAAUAGAGCUAACGCAUACAGAGGUCCUUGCGCGGGAACAGAUCUCAACAGAAAUUUCGGUUAUAAAUGGGGAGGACAGGGAGCAAGUCAAUUGGCAUGCAGAGAAACUUAUGCUGGACCAAGUCCAUUUUCAGAACCGGAAACCAAAGCAAUACAAAAAUUCGUAGGAAAUUCUUCUAAUAAUUUUGGUGCAUACGUAUCAUUACAUAGUUAUGGACAGUAUAUUUUGUAUCCCUGGGGUUAUGAUAGAAAAGUUCCUCCAGACUACUCAGAUUUACAUAGAGUUGGAAGAGCGAUGGCUCAAGCGAUAAAAGGACAGAGUGGUCAAAGCUACACGGUCGGUUCAGCAGCAGCAACUUUAUACCCGGCAGCAGGUGGUUCAGACGAUUGGGCUAAAGGCACAGCAAAAAUUAAAUAUGCAUACACAAUCGAGCUAAGAGAUACGGGACGCCAUGGUUUUGUACUUCCUGCACAAUAUAUCGUGCCUACAGCUCAAGAAGCCUAUGCCGCAUUAAAAGUAUUAGCUCAAGAAGUGUCAUCGUCAUAA